ACGACACUAAGCCUCCCACCACAGUUGACCCCAGCCCUCGAAGGACCAAACACACCACAAAGCAGCUGCAGCCCUAGAUACACCAGCGUGCAACCCACAGAGCAGCAGGGCUGGACAGUGUGUUCAGAUGCUUGCUCUGGAGGACACUCACCCCCCGGUACACAGAACGAGCAGAGCAGGUAUCGGUCAGCAGUGGGACUCCCCCUCCGAGAGCGGCCUCAGGACCACCACGAUGGCGGUUCCCCGCUGGGGCG